GAUGACUGCUCAUAAGAUCCAGACUAUUGAAUGAAACUCCGGAUAUAGUUUGAGAACAGUUUAAUAAUGACUGCUCAUUAGAUCCAGACUUGAAUUAAACAUAUAUAGUUUGAGAAUGAUUUAAUAAAGACUGCUCAUUUGAUCCAGUCUAUUGAUUUAAACUCUUGAGAUAGUUUGAGAACAGCUUAAUAAUGACUCCUCUUUCAUUGAUCCACCACUCCCUCAUCACCCCUAAUCCACCCCCCCCCCCCACCCCCCCAAUCUACCACUAUCUCAUGACCCCUCCAUCCACUUAUCCAUAACUCUCUCGUCACCCCACCAUCCACCACUUUUUCAUCCACUUAUCCAUAACUCUCUCGUCACCCCACCAUCCAAUAAGAUACAUAACUCUCUCGUCACCCCACCAUCCAAUAAGAUACAUAACUCUCUCGUCACCCCACCAUCCAAUAAGAUACAUAACUCUCUCGUCACCCCACCAUCCAAUAAGAUACAUAACUCUCUCGUCACCCCACCAUCCAAUAAGAUACAUAACUCUCUCGUCACCCCACCAUCCAAUAAGAUACAUAACUCUCUCGUCACCCCACCAUCCAAUAAGAUACAUAACUCUCUCGUCACCCCACCAUCCAAUAAGAUACAUAUGGGUGUUGUGAAAUCUCCGUUAUGGUUGAGCUUUGUAUAUACGUAGUAAGGGUCGGGCGGGUCUACUACAGACUACUGUGUACUCUUAUGAUAUAGCCAGUGAUCAAUAAUUCUAGAAUAUCUAUUGAAUCUGUGUAAAGGUAUACAAUAAGGAAACAAGGACAAGAAUUAUUUCCGUCAUAGUUUGAAAUUCGCAUAUGCAUGGGAAAAAAAGACGGAUUUUUUUUUUAUGAUUUAAAAAUGCUUUUUCAUCACCUAAAAAGUUGCAACACAUUGCAGCCAUGAUAAUGAGUUGAAUUAUCAAAUAUUUGACAAGUUAAUUUGAUGUGUCGGCGACAUCAUCCGUAAAAAGCUGACAUUUAUUCCGAUAUAAACAGUCUUCAAGAUUUACCAGAUCUAGUGAGAAAUUAAAUUUUUUUUUUAGAUUUAAACUUUAUCCAUGCAACAAAGACUGGCCCGAGAUUCCUGCUGUGUUCGUUAGAGGUUUGGAGUCUUUCGGAGGUACUGCACUACAACUGUAAAGAAAGGGUGACUUUAAUCACGAACCUGGGUAUCAACCGCUGAUUAAAGUACCAUCGAACCCAAUCUACAGAUAAUCGAUCAGGCAUUGUUUGGCAUUGAGUGUGAGUAUUUUGUGGGGACCUGGACACUUCUCUUGUGACUGAAAAGUCUGAUGUAAUAAUAGUCCUAGGACACAAGAACUUUCUCAUCAAGUGGACCAUGGAUGACCUCAUUGUUUUGCUCCUCUCUUUGGAAUUUAUCCACAUUGUAAUCGGUGCAGUUCCUCCUGGAGGCAUCGAGGGGCUGUGGGUCACCGAUGUAAAUCUCAAGGACAAAGUCAAGGACGACACCUAUUUAUGGAUGCGGACGUCAGUCAGCAGGAUGCAGUGUGCAUUAGAAUGUACUGCGGAUUUACGGUGCUUGUCGCAUUUCUACAAGGAAACAAACGCCACCUGUGUAGCACAAGACCAAGAACUGGACUCGAUGACUGUUCGGAGUUCCUCGGGAUUCUUUGCUUAUGGCUUCCAAACCCCACCGGAGUGUGGCGCCCCCUUUGUGUUUAAGCGUUCAGCCAAUCUGUGUUUCUGGGUGUCGGACGUGAAGGGGAACAAAACGACGGCACAAGAGAUCUGUGCAACACACGGUGGCUCGCUUGUUACCAUAGAUACAGAGGCCAAAAUGACUGCUGUGAUGUCACACCCACACUUUACCAGUCAUCCGUCAGGAUUUGUACCCUCCUUCUUGAUUGACGGAAGUGACGAAAUUCAGGAAAUGGACUUCCGGUACAAAGAUGGUAGUGUUGUUCCGUCUAAUUUUUGGUUUUCUGGAUAUCCACGAAAUGACACAACACAAAACUGUAUACAUAUCGUGACAUUUGACCCCAAUGGACGGUUUAUUCACUAUGAGUGCGGAAAUAGCGACUACUUCUUUAUUUGUCAGAAGCCUUAAUGUUGUCGGGAUCCAUGGCAACAGCUACUCAGCAUCUUGUCCAAUACCUUACGGAAAAUAUCUUGUAUAUCAAGACAUAUAUUUGUUGAAUACAAAAUUGAAAUAUUCAAUUAAUGAGGUUACCAAUUUGACAGUAAUGAAAAUUAUUACAAUCUGUUAUAUUUUUUAAAUAUUUACAUUUCUCGUGUUUCGCCUUCUAUAUCUUUACCAAUUGUAAUGAUCACAAUUUCCUCAUGAAUGCGAAGCAGUUGUGAAUAAUCUGUAUGAAUCUUGUUAAAUAUAUUUCGUUUAUUUUGAUUACUGGGAGUUCCAACACAAAUGAAAGUAAAAUAUAAAUAUAUGAAAUUUUCAUUUCUGAAAACCCUGAUGGCAUGAACGGCAACGCUUCACGCUAGCAUGCUUUUCGGGAAGCGCCAACGUGCUUCAUGAAGUAUGCUGGCAUGAAGCAUAGCAGUUCAUAUCGGAGUGUAUUUGCAAAGUGAAAUUUAUUUCUUAAAUGGCUUUAUAGCAAGCAAUAAUUACAUCUAGAGUAGGAAUUGAAUAGAAUUUAAUUCCGAAAACACAUAACUAAAAUAAAACAAAGAUUUGAAUUUGUUCUCCUUCAAUAUGCUAUGUGUAGUUGACAAUAUAUCUCCCUAGAGUUGAAUCAAUGUUGUUACGCAGAGUACAUACACAUGUAUGGAUAUGUUUUACAAUCUGGUGAUGUUGGCUUGCAUGCAGUUUUUCCUGUAUAAUAAACGAUAACAUUAUCUUU